UUUGUCUGUUAAGAGUGGAAGAGGUAUCAAGACUCUCUUCACUCCUCAUAGCAACCUGAACACGAUGGCACCUGCACAGUUUGUCUUUUAUCUGGUGUCUUUGUUCUUGUGGACAAUGGCUCAGACGACUGAUCUGUCCUCAUCUGUCCAUCAAGAGACAGGUUUUAUAUCAGCUCAUGUUGGUGAAAGCGUAACUUUGCACUGUCUCUAUCAAAAUGAUGUGGUAGCAAAGUAUUACUGGUAUAAGCAAGCUUUGGGACAGAAACCAUGGCUCAUCUCUACCUUCUACAAGUAUGAUAAAAAUGGCACAUUUUAUAAUGAAUUCAAGAACAAUCCACGCUUCACACUGGAUGCUGAUACUGGUAAAAAUCACUUGACAAUCUCAGAUUUACGCACUUCAGACUCAGCUACUUACUAUUGUGUAAGUAGCUUUUCAAUAACAUUUGAAUUUGCGGAGGAUUUGACUCUCAGUGUAAAGGAUUCAAGGUUGAACAAUCAGGCUUUAGUUUAUCAGUCAUCAUCUGAGGCCGUCCAGCCAGGAGGCUCUGUGACUCUCAACUGUACAGUCCACAUUGGGACCUGUGAUGGAGAACACAGUGUUUACUGGAUCAGAAACUCUGAAGAAUCUCACCCAGGACUCAUUUACUCCCAUGGAGACAAGAACGAUCAGUGUGAGAGGAAACCUGACUCACAAACACACACCUGUGUCUACAACUUGGCACGAAACAGUCUAAAUCUUUUUCGUGCUGAGACCUACUACUGUGCUGUCGCUUCAUGUGGACACUUACUCUUUGGAAACAGGACCGAGCUGGACUUUGAAUCUGCAGAUGAAUACUCUCUUACCUCGUUGUAUUUCUUGAGUGGGGCUGUCGCAUUCACCACCACCCUGAGUGUUUUACUGGCUUUCUCCGUGUGUGUGAUCAGCAGGAGAAAAAGCUGCCAUUGUACAGAGUCUCCUAUGAGAUUGUCAGAUCCCGACAGAAAAAAUGUAGAGGGUUACCAAAACGAAGAUUAUCUCAAUUACAACGCUUUAAGGGUGAACAAGAUCAACAGGCGAGGAAGACCGAAGGACAGCACCUGGAGUGAAUGUGUGUACUUCAGCGCAAAACAGUAACUGACUCUUUAAAAAGCCUUUUUUGUAAACAUGAUUUCACUUAAAUAUGAUGAAUGUAAAGAACUGCUUUCAAAUAAAUUCAUUCAAACAAGCUUUGUACAAAGACAACACAUGAAGUGCAAUGAACUAUGUCUGUGCCAGAUUUACCACAGAGGUUCUGGUACCUGACAGCAAAGUGAGUACUAAGACCACAGCAUUCAAAUUCAAUUAAAAUAAAUAUCUACGGCAUGUGAACGCUAGAAAUGUGCUUCAAAGCCACCCCCCUAUCACUGACGCAGUACAUGCAGCAUGAAGACGUCAGAAACAGGACGAUCCUGUUAGCAGAUGAACAUGCUGGCUGUGUGCAGCUGUGAAGUGUGGUGAUUUUUAG